UGUUAUAAAUAACCCCUUCCGGCACCUUCACCGGCUUUUGAGCACCCAGACUGGGCGGUGAGGACUUGCGAACACUCACUCGCCACUGCUCACGAAACGUCGAAACCCUAAAACCUCGAUUUUUCCCAAUCCAUUCCACACACAAUAUGGCUUCAGAUGCUGACAUGGAGGACUAUGGCUUCGAGUACUCUGAUGAGGAGCAAGAAGAGCAAGACGUUGAUAUCGAGAAUCAAUAUUACAAUUCAAAAGGUAUGGUUGAAAGUGAUCCCGAAGGUGCGCUUGCUGGUUUUGCUCAGGUAGUGCAAAUGGAACAAGAAAAAGCAGAAUGGGGAUUUAAAGCUCUAAAACAGACUGUCAAGCUACAUUAUCGACUGGGAAGGCAUAAAGAGAUGAUGAAAGCCUAUAGGGAGAUGCUGACAUAUAUUAAGUCAGCAGUGACUCGUAACUAUAGUGAAAAAUGCAUAAACAGCAUUAUGGACUAUGUCUCGGGUUCAGCAAGCCAGAACUUUGGCCUUCUCCAGGAAUUCUACCAGACUACUCUGAGGUCACUUGAAGAAGCAAAGAAUGAGAGAUUGUGGUUUAAGACAAAUCUGAAGCUUUGCAAGAUAUAUUUUGAUAUUGGUGAAUAUGGGCGCAUGAGUAAGAUCUUGAAGGAACUUCACAAAUCCUGUCAAAAAGAAGAUGGCACAGAUGACCAUAAGAAAGGAACCCAACUUUUGGAGGUAUAUGCUGUAGAGAUUCAAAUGUACACUGAGACCAAGAACAACAAAAAACUUAAGCAACUUUACCAGAAAGCACUCACUAUUAAGUCAGCAAUUCCCCAUCCAAGGAUAAUGGGAAUAAUCCAUGAAUGUGGCGGGAAAAUGCAUAUGGCUGAGCGCCAGUGGGCAGAUGCAGCUACUGAUUUCUUUGAUGCUUUCAAGAAUUAUGAUGAAGCUGGUAGUCAGAGACGUAUCCAAUGUUUGAAAUACCUUGUUCUUGCCAACAUGUUGAUGGAGUCUGAAGUAAAUCCAUUUGAUGGACAGGAAGCUAAGCCAUACAAGAAUGACCCCGAAAUUUUGGUAAUGACAAACUUAAUAGCAGCUUAUCAACGGAAUGAAAUAUCGGAAUUCGAGAAAAUCCUGAAGAGUAACAGAAGAACCAUCAUGGAUGAUCCAUUUAUCAGAAAUUACAUUGAGGAUCUGCUAAAGAAUAUUAGAACCCAAGUCUUGCUGAAGCUUAUCAAACCAUAUACAAGGAUCAGGAUCCCUUUUAUAUCUAAAGAACUUAAUGUUCCUGAGCAUGAUGUUGAGCAGCUAUUGGUGUCACUGAUUUUGGAUAAUAGAAUCCAAGGGCAUAUUGAUCAAGUGAACCGGUUCUUAGAACGCUCUGAUAGGUCGAAAGGAAUGAAGAAGUACACUGCAGUUGACAAAUGGAACACGCAGCUUAAAUCUCUUUAUCAAACUAUUAACAACAGAGUUUCUUAAAACGUGUAUCGUGGAAGUGUUAUAUUUCUUGUUUUCCCCAGCUUGCAGUUUUGUCAUGUGAAUUAUUGUAAGCUUCAAUGGUGAGGGAGAUGAUGGGAGCGUAUUACCAGUUUACCACUAUAGAGGAAUUCAGGUCAAACCAACUUGUGAUUCAUGUUUUAUAUUAUAGGAAAGUAUAAUUGUUUUGAAACAUUCAUGAUUCAAUUUUUUGGAGCCAAUACAUGUCUGUAUAUCUGCAUAUUACUUAAAGCGCGCGACUCUGAUAACAACAAUGUAUUUGGAAUUUGGGAAGUUGCACUAAAUUGAGUU